CUGCUAACCUUAUGCCUAACUUUAACUUUAAAUUAAGACAACAAAAAACAACGUUUUCAUGAGUUUGUACUAUAUUGGCCAUUUCGACUUUGUGUCUGUGGUAACUAGUGGACCCCUCGCUAUGCCUCCUCCCCUACAUAGUUCCAUACCGGAGAGAAACCUACAUUUUGUUUUCCUCUAUAGAGUCUGGAAGAAGAACUGGCAGUACCUGUAGGAGUUUCUUUUCAACUAAAUACACGUUUGGGGCUCGGGAACAUCAACACUUCGUUUAGUUCCAGAUAUUUGUUCUACUCAUGUGAGACACGUUACCUGUUUAUUUGACCUUUGUUUCUAUUCCUCAUUUAUUUUCUGCAUUCCUUUCAUCCCCGGUAACGGCGGAUGCCCCCCUUCUUCUCACGUGAGUGCGACGGUUCCCCGGUCAGAAAUAUCAAGGAGUUGUUGAGAAUUACUGCGGUCUGUAGACGGCAACAGUUUUCACCUGACAAGAGACUGACGCUGACAGAGUUGCGUUUAAGACUUGUUGCUCUUCGGCAUUUAACGGGUCGCCAUGAACACUUUGCCGUUAUCAUCUUCUCAUCAUUCAUUACGGUUUACUUUCUCGAGAUCAUGAGAUUCAUUCAAUGUGUCAUGCUGCUCUUUGUGUUUUGUUGUUUCUCUUGGUUAAACCAUAGGCUCUACUAUUCUCAUUUACUCAUACCCAAAUUGUCCCUUGUGUGUGGAAGAGGACACGCUCUCCCCACGAUGACCAAUGAGACCCCAGUUGACCCCUACAUCUUCACCACUGACCUCCUGCCCCUUGACCCUCGCUUCCUUCCUCCGCUGGCCAAUGGGCUGCUGGGUUGGAGGGUGUACGGUGACAUCAUGCACAUGGGCGGAGUCUAUAACGGCGAGGGCGGGGACUGUCACCGUGCCAAUCUCCCCUGUCCUCUGGCUGUGAGGAUGGAUCUAGAUGAGGUGGAAAAGGCAGGGCAUCUGCAACACUCCUACAGUCUAGACACACACACAGGUAUAUUCACCCACUCUCUGAGGACAGUUAGUGUUAUUGCCUCCCAGUCUCUCUACACCCAUCGACACCAUCCCAACCUCUUGGUCAUGGAGGUCCUGCUGAUUCGUCAGGGCACCUCCCGGGAGCCAAUCACAAUCAAGCUGGACAGUAGGUUCACGCCUCAAAGCGAUGACAUAGUGUUCCAUUCCGAACCGGACUACAAAGGAGCCAGUUACAUCCAGGGCCAGACCACCACGGCUGAGGUCUCUGGUGGCGUCUGUCCCAGCGUCCACAUCAUCUGGACCCCCAUCACCCCUUCCCUUACCCUGCUGCCCGACCAGGCCCAGUCCCGCUGGGGGUUCGUGGUGGUGGUGGCGGGCAGUCAGGACAGCGUACAGGCUCACUACGACACAGCUCUGGAACUGAUGGCCAAUGGGAACCUUCGUCCCUCGCACCUGCGGGCGUGGGAGGAGCUGUGGGCGGGCAGCACCCUGGAGUUGACUGGUCCAGACGACCUGAGCAGGGCUCUGAUUGGCUGCAUGUUCUACCUGCUCAGUGCCUUCCCUUCAUUGCACGAGGCGCCCGGUCAUUUCGGCGGCGUCAGUCCUGGAGGACUGUCUAACGGGGGCUCAGGGCAAGACUACUGGGGACACGUGUUCUGGGACCAGGACACUUGGAUGUACCCCAGUAUUGGUCUCUUCUACCCUCAGUUAGCACGGGCCGUGCUUGAGUACCGGGUGAGGACAGUAGAUGGCGCUAAGGACAAUGCUGAGAAGCAAGGCUACAAGGGACUAAAGUUCCCGUGGGAAAGUGCUGUGUCAGGGAGGGAGGUGUGUCCUGAAGAUAUAUACGGACAACAAGAGAUCCACAUCAACGGAGACGUUACUCUGGCCUUCCAGCACUACCUCUACCUCACACAGGACAUGUCUAUGUUCACAGAGGGGCGUGGCAGCGAAGUGAUUUGGGGCGUGGCUGAUUACUGGGUUUCCAGAGUAACCUGGAGCGCUGAAGAACAGAACUACCACAUCUUAGGUGUCAUGCCCCCCGAUGAGUAUUAUUACAACGUCAACAACUCGGUGUACACAAACACUGUGGCCAAGUUCAGUCUGGAGUUCGCGGUGGAGUUGGCUGCCCUGCUGAAGUACCCUGCUCCUCGGGAAUGGCAGCAGGUAGCAGACAAGAUCAAAAUCCCUUUCGAUCAGAAGCAGAAAUAUCAUCCCGAAUAUGACGGCUACAAAAAAGGACAAUUCGUGAAGCAGGCUGACACAGUGAUGCUAGGCUAUCCCCUGGGUCUACCUAUGACCCCCGAGGUCAGGAGAAAUGACCUGGAGUUCUACGAGGCUGUCACAGACCCUGGUGGUCCAGCUAUGACAUGGGGUAUGUUUGCAGUGGGCUGGCUGGAGCUGGGGGAGGUGGAGAAGGCUGGACAUCUACUCCAGAAGUGUUUCAAAAAUAUCCAGGGACCAUUCCAGGUAUGGAGUGAAUCGUCUGAUGGUUCUGGGGCGGUGAACUUUCUCACUGGUAUGGGAGGAUUCCUGCAGGCUGUUCUGUUUGGCUACACUGGAUUCAGAGUACAGAAGGAUUGUCUGGCCUUCGCCCCUUCCAUCCCUGAUGACAUCACUCAGCUGUGUAUCCGGGGGGUCAGUUACCUGGGCAACAAGAUGGACUGGCUGGUGAGGGGACAGGAAGUUUACAUCAUACUGAGAGAGGGAGCAAAGCAUACUGGGAAUACCAAACCCUGCGCUCUGCAGGUGGUCCUCAAGAACUCCGGGACCAAGAUCCCUCUUAUACCAGGAAAACCAGUGACUUUCCCACGGGAGUCUGGAAUGAUCUGUAAAGUGGAUGGUGCCUUAUCCUGCUGGCCCAUGUGAGGACCAUCCCUGUCAAACCCCAUCGCCUUCUAUCUACAGUACCUUCUAUCUACAGUGCCUUCUAUCUACAGUGCCUUCUAUCUACAGUGCCUUCUAUCUACAGUGCCUUCUAUCUACAGUGCCUUCUAUCUACAGUACAGUGCCUUCUAUCUACAGUGCCUUCUAUCUACAGUAUCUUCUAUCUACUGUACCUUCUAUCUACAGUACCUUACCUUCUAUAUACAGUACCUUACCUUCUAUCUACAGUACAGUACCUUCUAUCUACAGUGCCUUCUAUCUACAGUACCUUCUAUCCACAGUGCCUUCUAUCUACAGUACAGUACCUUCUAUCCACAGUGCCUUCUAUCUACAGUACAGUACCUUCUAAUUAUACAGUAGGCGAUCUAAUUAUACAGUACAGUACCUUCUAAUUAUACAGUACAGUACCUUCUAUAUACAGUACCUUCUAUAUACAGUACCUUCUAAUUAUACAGUACAUUACCUUCAGAAAGUAUUCACACCCCUUGACUUUUACCACAUUUUGUUGUGUUACAAAGUGGAAUUAAAAUGGAUUGAAUUGCCUUUUUUGUUGUUGUAAACGAUCUAUACAAAAUACUCAAAUAAAUGUAUGGAAAAUUAAACACUAAUGUAUCUUGACUAGAUAAGUAUUCAACAUCCUGAGUCAACACGUUACAAUCACCUUUGGCAGCAAUUAAAGCAGUGAGUCUUUCUGGGUAAAUUGGUAAAGCUUUGCACGUCUGGAUUGUACAAUAUUUUUCCAUUAUUCUUCCAAAAAUUCUUCAUGCGUUGUCAAUUUAGUUGUUAAUCAUUGCUAGACUGCCAUUUUCAAGUCUUGCCAUAGAUGUUGAAGUAAGUCAAAACUGUAACGAGGCCACUCAGUAACAUUCAAUGUGCUCUUGGUAAGCAACUCCAGUGUAUAUUUGCAGACUGAACCAAGUUUAUCUACGAUUUUGCCGGGGGCUUAGCUCUAUUACGUUUCUUUUUAUCCUGAAAAACUCCCUAGUCCUUGCCGAUGACAAGCAUACCCAUAACAUGAUGCAGCCACCACCAUGCUUGAAAAUAUGAAGAGUGGUACUCAGUGUUGUGUUGGAUUUGCCCCAAACAUAAUUUCUGUGCCACAUUUUUUUUUUUGCAGUACUGCUUUAUUGCCUUGUUUGCCAACAGCAUGCAUGUUUUGGAAAAUGUUUAUUCUGUACAGGUUUCCUUCUUUUCCAUGUCAUUUAGAUUAGUAUUGUGGAGUCACUACAAAGUUGUUGAUCCAUCCUCAGUUUUCUCCCAUCAGUCAUUAAACUCUGUAACUGUUAAAAGGCACCAUUGGCCUCAUGGUGAAAUCCCUGAACGGUUUCCUUCCUCUCCGGCAACUGAGUUAGGAAGGACGCCUGUAGUGACUGGGCCAUAUUACUGCCAUAUUGAUACACCAUCCAAAGUGUAAUUAAUAACUUCACCAUGCUCAAAGGGAUAUUCAGUGUCUGCUUCUUCUUUUUUUUACCCAUCUGCCAAUAGGUGCCCUUCUUUGCGAACCAUUGGAAAACCUCCCUGGUAACAUAAUUCCACUUUGACAUUACGGAGGAUUGUGUGUUGAUCAGUGACACAAAAUCUCAAUUUAUUUCAUUUUAAAUCCAGGGUGUAACACAACAAAAUGUGGGAAAGGUCAAGGGGUGUGAAUACUUCCUGAAGGCCCUGAACCUAUAUGUCCUUAUGCGAGUCCCAAAUGGCAUCCUAUUCCCUUUAUAAAGUAGCCUUGUCUGAACCAGAAUGUCCCAUAGGGCAGGAGCCUGUCUCCUGUUUCUGUAGCGUGAGGCAGCUUGAUGUACAACUCCACCCCCGUGAGGCAGCUUGAUGUACAACUCCACCCCCUGGAAAGGACGCUAGCCUAUCGCAAGGCCCAUAGCCCAAAGUAACGCACAAUAGACUGCCAUUUGGGGCUCAUUGUUAUUCCUGGUUUAUUCAUGCACUGGAAAUUAUUUUCUGUGUAUAAGAAGGAUUUCAUCUAUUGUGCUUUAACCAUGUAUUUAGUGUGACUUGAUUUGUCAUUCACAUCUCAGUAAAUGUACUGUAUGUUUGUAGAGAUGGAUCAAAUGCCUUUUAUACUGAUAUACUUAAAGCUGCAAUAAAAUAUACAUUUGGUAUGAGCACA